UCUGAUAUAAAUAUUAAAAUAAGAAAGUCUACGUAUAGUACGUUGUAUAUAUGGAAAAUAUCACCGGCCAACUAAGCGACAAAUUUUCUGAUUUGGGUAAAAUGUGAGGCAGUUGCAGUUGCGGCAAUCGUCAGUCAAUCAAUAGACCGCCUGCCCGAAAAUGUUUCAAUUAUGUUACCCGCAACCACAAGGAGAGCCACAACAACAAUUACAGCAGCAGCAGCAGCAAAAUCAGCAUCAGAGGCAGCAACAGAAGCAUCAAAAAAAUCUUCGAGAGCAAUUCAACGUCAGCAGCAGCAGCAACAACCACAGAGCCGCAUUGGCCGUGCACGGAGGAGUCGAGGCGGAAAAAGCGUAGGCCAGACACUCAUAGAGGGAAUAGUCAACCAUUCAUCCAUCCAAGGGAGCAGCAGCACGGAAACCGAAACCGAAACCAAAACCAGCACCAGCAGAACCAAAUUAAUACGUAACCAAGAGCAAUUUAGCAUAGCAACGGACAAACGGACAGGGAUACGGACACGCUCUGGCAGCUGUAGCUACGUUCAAAGGAUUUGAGUUUAGAGCGGAGAGUAAAGUCAGAAGCAGGACUUCGACAUGGGCUGCUCGCCAAGCACACUACCCCCCAACGCCUCCUCCUCCGCCAAUGCCAAUGCUGGCCCCACUGCAGCCAAUUCCGUCCCACUGUCCCUCGAUGCCACCGAAAAGGAUGGCAGCCGUUUGUUCUGCAUUAAGCUGCGUCGCAGCCGCCUGCGCCGCUGCAGCUGCGGCGGUGUUACGCUGCAGCAGGGCGGAGGCGAUGGCAAUGGCAGCACUGCGGGCAGUGCAACCUGCGGCAGCGGUGCGGGCGACAAUCUGUGCCACCAGGUGCUGCUGAAUCCGCUGCAGGCCAAAAACGAGGCAGACUACGAAAAGCUAAGCACCGGCAAGAAGGACUCGAUUGUGACGGUGGCAGCUUUGGGCAACUUCACCCACAGCGUGGUGCGACGUGCCACUGGCAGCACUGGCACUGGCACAUCGGGCACCAGUUCAUCCGGCGGAGGCGGCGGCAACAAUCGCCCAGGUCAUCGCAAGUCAUCGCUCGCCCUCGCCCUCACACCCGAGGAUGAGCCAAUGGAUGUGUAUCAGCGAAAUCUCAUGGACUUGAAAUAUCCAACCGUGCUACCACCGAAUCCUCAACUUAAGGCUCUUUUAGUUUUCCACAAAUCGGAUAGCAUCUGUGAGGCGGUCGCCUCCGCCUGCCAGCGCCACCAGCUGGACGUAACGCUGGUCAAGUCAAAGGAGGAGGCCCUCGACACGCUGCACAAGUCGUAUGCCACCGCCCAAUGCUAUCAUCUAAUCAUAAUUGAUGCGCGCUCCUCGAAAAAUUUAGAUGCCGAGCAUAUUGCAAGAACAAUACGUCAUACACAUGGACACCAUUUAACGACAAUAAUUGCCGUCUGCAAGAAGAGUUUCUUUGAAAAGGAUGAUGUGCUAAUUGCUCUAUUGGACGCUGGCGUUAAUAGAUGCAUAGCCGAGACGACUAACCUGGCCAUGUGCAGUGUGGAGCUGAAGCAAAUACUGCACUCGAUCAUACGGCCACACAAUGUCAUGUCCACUCAACAGGCACUCUAUACGGCGUUGCAUCGGCUGAAGGAGGUGGUUCUCAUCACGGACGAUGUGCUGCGCAUCCAGUACGCGAAUCGUGCCACCGAGCGUCUCCUCAACAUGCGGCUGGAUGAAAUCAUUAGCAAGCCACUGGCGGACAUUUUCGUGUCCGAUUUGUCCACCAUCAGUGAGCAGGGCAAGAGCAUCAAGGAGUUCGAUGGGAUACUGACGGUGCGACGGAAGAACCAAGAGGGCAUCCCGAUGCACGUGCGCGUCGUGCCGGUGGCCUGCAUUGGCAGUGCACCCACUCACCUGAUUUUCAACUUUGAUGUGCCCGGCGGGCAGAUGGACUUCAUUGCCACACUGCCGCAGCCAAAGGAGGCGCCGCGCGGCUCCCUGCACUCGGUGCGGCGCUGCAGCUUCGAUGUGCGGUCCAUUGCCUCGGACGGACUGCGAAGGACCAGCCUGGCCAAGCUCACAUCCCUGCCGCUGGAGGCGCCAAUCACUAAAAUAAUCAAUUUACUAUCACAAGUACAGGAGAAUUGUUCGGCCGAUGAGGCGCGGCUCAUAGACAAGGUCUUGGAGUUCCUAAAGCGCGAGGGACUCUACAGUCCGCAAAUGAAGGAAAUACGCACAGAUGAUCCCAUAGCCACCGAUCUAAUUGGUGCUCUAUUAACGGGACCGAGUGUUUACUCUUCGCGGCGCAGCUCGAAUGACUCCAUCAUUCGCACAGGCAGCUCAACACGAACGGCCACCAUCGUGCCCGCCAAGAUGAAGGCCAAUCCCAUUAUAAUGGAACUACUUGAAGAAUCUCUCAGCUGGGACUUUGAUAUUUUCAAAUUGGAAGAGAUCACCGACUACCAUCCGCUGCUCUAUCUGGGCAUGGAAAUGUUCCGACGCUUCGACGUCUUUGCCACCCUGAACAUUGACGAGAAUGUGUGCAAGGCCUGGCUGGCCGUCAUCGAGGCUCACUACCACAAAUCGAACACCUAUCACAAUAGCACACACGCCGCCGAUGUCAUGCAGGCCACUGGCGCGUUUAUUACGCAGCUGACCAACAAGGACAUGAUGGUCAUGGAUCGCAUGGAGGAGGCCAUGGCACUGAUUGCGGCUGCCGCACACGACAUCGAUCAUCCGGGCCGCUCCUCCGCCUUUCUGUGCAACUCAAACAGCUCUCUGGCCAUACUGUACAAUGAUCUGACGGUGCUGGAGAACCAUCAUGCAGCCAUCACUUUUAAGCUAACUUUGGGCGAUGACAAGAUCAACAUUUUCAAGAACCUCGACAAGGAGACAUACAAGUCCGCGCGCAGCACCAUAAUAGACAUGAUUUUGGCCACCGAAAUGACGCGACACUUUGAGCACUUGGCCAAGUUUGUGAGCGUCUUUGGUGGCGAGGAGCCGCGCGAGCACAAUCCACAAUCGGAUGAGGAGACCUCGAUACUCAUGCGCCGCAUGCUCAUCAAGGUGGCAGAUGUGAGCAACCCCGCACGGCCCAUGCAGUUCUGCAUUGAGUGGGCGCGGCGCAUCGCCGAGGAGUACUUUAUGCAGACGGACGAGGAGAAGCAGCGGCAUUUGCCCAUUGUAAUGCCCAUGUUUGAUCGGGCCACAUGCAGCAUACCAAAGAGCCAGAUUGGCUUCAUCGAAUACAUAAUACAGGACAUGAUGCAUGCCUGGGAGAGCUUCAUUGACAUGCCCCAGCUCAUCACGUACAUGCAGAUCAACUACUCACAGUGGAAGAAAUACGACGAGCAGGGCGUCAAUACGUUGGCCGACAUCAUGGCCAAGCAGCCGCCGAUGGGAAAGCUGGGGAAUUCCAAAUAGCAUACGGCCUUCCGGAGAUUAUUCUCGGGUCUACUAAAGCCACUGCCGGCCCAGGCGCCGGGCACAUCCACAAUUGGCGAGAAUGAACUGGAGGAUUCGCUCUAGUGACGGCGCAGACGGGCCCGUGGCCCCACUUGGCGGCGCAGUCACUCUGCAUAAUAAUUCUCUCAUUCUUGUUGUUGUUGCUCCCACACAACUGGGACACAUUUCCGCUCCAUCUGUCAUACAUAUCUCGGACUAACAGGAAGGCGUAUGGGUGCAGUGUCAGUGGCAGAGGUGGUGCAGUGCUGCCACAAAGCCCACAAAAACACACAAGUGGUGCCAAGCGGUGUCGCAAAAGCAGAGAAAACAGAGAAACAAAACAAAUACCUAACCUAAACUAAAGCAAGUUUAAACAAUUAUUGGGCUGGACUCAAAAUUUAAUGUUUAAGAAGCAUCACAAAAUGCAAAAAACAAACAAAACAAACAAAACAAAAGCGAAAAUCAAUACAGAAUCGUAAAUGUAUAUCAACCUAAUGUAAAUGUGAGUCUGUCUGUGUGUGUGCAUGCCCCCUGUAUAUGUGUGUGCUUAGAGGGUAAUGCAAAUGCAAAUAAAGAAUAAAAAAUUUAUAAAAUAAACAAAAUACAAACAAAAUCCCACAGAAAUUGGAACAACCACAGAGGAACAAUAGGGCGUGCGCUCAAAAAAAGUACCUAGCAAACGGUACAACGGUAUAUGGAAGCAGUAUAGAAAU